ACUCUUAUAAAUUCUGCCACUAAGAACCAACAAACCCCCCCUCUCCCUUUCUCAUUUUUGCUUGUGUCAAUCACGAGUUCAGGUCUCGGUCAUUAGCAGUGCCAUUAACUGUUCAGUCUUUCUUGAUUCUUGAUUCUUUCUCGUCCCAGCCCCAUUAAAGAUUCUCUAAGAAAAAAGAAGAUGGCACUGGCUGGAGUAUUUACCACCUAUGUUUUGGUGCCGUUUGUUAUUUUCUUGACCAUGAUCCCUGAUGUUACUAGUCGUGUUGGAGUGAACUGGGGCACCAUGGCUACACACCAACUCGCACCGGAUAAUGUGGUACAGAUGCUGAAAGAAAAUGGGUUUGACAAAUUGAAGUUGUUUGAUGCCGAUGAGAAGAUUAUGGCAGCUCUGAUUGGGACUGAUAUUGAAGUAAUGCUGGCUAUACCAAAUUACAUGCUGCAAGAGAUUAGUCAAGAUCCUGCGGCUGCUGCUGCCUGGGUUGAUGAAAAUGUGACUAGCUGGUCUUACACUGGUGGAGUCAAAAUCAGGUAUGUAGCUGUUGGCAAUGAACCUUUCCUGCAAACAUAUAAUGGCACCUAUCUACAUGUCACGUUACCAGCUCUAAAAAAUAUCCAGCAUGCCCUCAACAGAGCUGGGCUAGGUUCCCAUGUCAAGGCCACAGUCCCCUUCAAUGCCGACAUUUACAACUCCCCUGGAUCAAACCCAGUUCCAUCCGCCGGUGACUUCAGACCUGAUGUUCGAGACCUCACGAUUGAAGUAGUCCAGUUUCUCAAUGAAAACGAUGCCCCUUUCACUGUCAACAUCUAUCCAUUCCUGAGUCUAUACGGAGACCCUAACUUCCCCCUCGAGUUUGCAUUCUUUGAUGGACCAAAGAAGCCGAUCACAGAUGGCGACUCAGUAUAUACCAACGCGUUUGAUGCAAAUCUUGACACUCUCAUAUGGUCAUUGGACAAGGCUGGGUAUCCUGGCAUGCAGAUUAUGAUUGGAGAAGUCGGUUGGCCAACCGAUGGUGACAAAAAUGCUAAUAUCCAAAAUGCCAAGAGGUUCAACCAAGGGUUGAUUCGACAUGCUUUGAGUGGAAACGGAACACCAAAAAGAAAGGGCAAGAACAUCGAUGUCUAUCUGUUUAGCCUCAUUGAUGAGAAUGCUAAAGCAAUUGCUCCCGGUAGCUUCGAAAGGCAUUGGGGAAUAUUUGAGUUUGAUGGGAAGCCCAAAUAUGGAUUGGAUUUGAUGGGGUUGGAAGAGGACAAGGGUCUUGCUCCGGUGGAGGGAGUAAGGUAUCAGCUAAGAAGGUGGUGUGUUCUAGACCCUGAAGCGACUGAGUUAGCCGAGUUACCAGAUAGUAUUGACUAUGCCUGUAGUCAAUCAGAUUGUACUGCUUUAGGUUAUGGGUCUUCUUGCAAUCAUCUAAGUGCUGAAGGGAAUGCUUCUUAUGCCUUCAACAUGUACUAUCAACUUAAUAACCAAGGAUAUUGGGACUGUGAUUUCUCUGGUUUGGCUCUGGUUACAGACAAGGAUCCAUCUGAAGAGGACUGCCAGUUCCCGGUAAUGAUUGCUUAUGGUCAUUCGUUGGUGCUGAACAGGAACGGGCUUUCAGAUGUGUUGCUCGGAAUUGUUGUAGGGAACCUCCUAUUCUUACUACUACUUAGCUGAUUUAUGACACAGAAUUUCAUAAAGAGUCAGCCAUAUGGUAGAUUGUAAUUCAGCCUUAAAACUGUCACUAUCUACUCAAAUUCUUGUACGUAUGUUUCAUUUUCAUGGAGGUUAUGGUCUGUCUGCUUUCUGAUAA